AGGAGGGGCGGGGGCGGAAAAAGGCGCAGCCUCGAAGUGCCAAGAGUCCGGGUGCGCGGUUGCUUCACGAGUCCUCCUCCUCCUCCUCCUCCUCCCCUGGUCCAGGCCCUCGGGCUGGGGAGAGCCCCGGUGGAGGAGACGUGAUCCGUUCAACUGAACAAAGGAAAUGGCGGCCACACCAAAGGCAACCGGCUCGGCCGGUACUGCCGCCGCGGAGACUGGGAAACGUUCCCUAAAAUGGCGGACAGCGCGAACGCAGGCGCGGGCCGGGCUGGCAGGGCGGGGCGGGGCGUCCGCUCACGGCGGCCCGCGGCGGCGACGGGGCGGGGGAGAGGCGCCGACUGUUCCCAUGGCGGCUGCGCCGGAGGCCGGGGAGCCCGGGAAGGGGAAGCCCUUUAAGCUCCUAGGAAUUUUAGAUGUUGAAAACAUCCCCUGUGCACGGGAUUCGACAUUGUAUGGCUCAUUAGGAUCUGUUGUGGCUGGCCUUGGACACUUUUUGUUAACUAGUAGAAUUAGAAGAUCAUGUGACGUUGGAAUAGGAGGAUUUAUCUUGGUGACUUUAGGAUGCUGGUUCCAUUGUAGGUAUAAUUAUGCAAAGCUAAGAAUCCAGGAAAGACUUGCCAGAGAAGGAAUUAAAAACAAGAUUUUAUAUGAAAGUACCCACCUUGAUCCUGAAAGAAAACAAACCAACAGCGGCCGCAGCAGCAGCAAUUGAGCAGUCUUGAGCACAGAAAACCCAGAUACAACUCACUUCGGUGUGAACAAAGCCAAGAUCAACUAUAGAAAGCAUUUUAUAUACCAUAAGGCUUUCAACCAAGUAAAUAAAGUAUGUGUAAGUUGUA